CAGCUCCGAUCCUUACUCACUUCGGUCCAACUCACUUUUCUCUAAUGAAGUUUGGUGCCACUCUCGAGCACUUGCAAGUCAAAGGCUGGGAAGAUAAAUAUGUAGCGUACAAUACCAUAAAGAAGCUUUUAAAAUCUUCGUCAACUAGCGAGGAAAAUCUCCCAUUUGGAGAAGCUGAAGAAGAAGAAUUCGUGGAACUGCUGGAUUCUGAAUUGGAAAAGGUUAAUUCUUUUCACAGCCAACAAAUGCAGGAGAUACAGCAAAGUAUUGAUGAUUGUACGAGGCAAAUAGAUGAAAUCAAUCAACACGAAGAUAUCACAGUUCAACAGCCCAACUUGGACGGAAUUGCUGAGAGGGUCAAUCACCUAGCUGACUGGAUUAAUAAUCUUGCAAAUUAUGCACAGGUCAACUAUACUGCUGUCAUAAAGCUUGUCAAGAAGCAUGAUAGACAUGUGCAGUACCACGUUCGACCGCUGUUCAUGAUCAGAUUAAAGCAGUGCCCAUUUUGGAAGCAGGACUACGAAGGCUUGCUUUUACGACUAUCUGAUUUAUUCGGAGUCAUCCGAUCAGAAAUAUCGCCCGUUAGCGCGCUCAGUGCUUCUUAUACACAACCAGAGCAACAUGCUACAGAAACGUUUUUACGAAAAUCAACGAAAUACUUCGUUUCGCUGGACAAUGUGUUGGAACUUAAAACGUUCAUAUUACGUCAUCUCCCGAUGUUAGUAUAUGAUAAUGCUACGCGAAAGUCAAGCAAGGGCAUCAACCCACCCAUCACAUCCAUCUACCUGGAUAACUCUGAGUUAGAAUUGUACAAUGCGAAGGUUGACAAAGAAGAUGGCGCUCAAGUAAUACGACUACGAUGGUAUGGAUCGACGAAGGAUACGAACAAAAUAUAUAUUGAACGAAAAGUACAGCAAGAGGAGGACACGGGAGAAUUGAAAGAUCGCUUCAUGCUUAAAGAAAAGUAUAUUAAAGAUUUCCUGGAUGGUCGAAGAGAGGUUGUUGAAAAGAAUGUCAACAAAAUCAGAGCCAAGAAUGCUGACAGUAAUGCCGAAGCAGACGCCUUCGAAAAGUUAGCCUAUGAGCUCCAAGAUGUCAUCAAAUCAAGAAAUCUUCAGCCAAUGGCGCGAACAUAUUAUAGUAGGACGGCCUUCCAAAUUCCAGGCGAUUCUCGGCAUCGGUUAUCGCUAGAUACAAACCUAACUAUGAUCAGAGAAGAUGAUCAUUUAUUUCCCGAUGACCCGACAUCUAGACGUCCCAAUGGCGAGUGGAGGAGACCGGAUGUUGACGUCGAUUUUCCCUUCAGCGAGUUACCUCCUGACGACGUCCGUCGCUUUCCUUAUGCCGUUCUUGAAAUCAAGUUGAAUUUGCCUCCAGGCAGCCGGACACCUGCGUGGAUUGGUGAACUCAUUUCGUCUGGCUUGGUGGAAGAGGCUCCAAAGUUUUCAAAGUUUGUGCACGCAACGGCAAUCCUUUUUGAACGUAGAGUGCACUUACUUCCGUUCUGGCUGGCACAAAUGGAGUCGGAAGAAGAAGACACACCAGUUGCUCAAGAGAAUGCGAACGUUAUACAAGCGCUUUCUCGUAAAUACUCGCAAAAAUCGGUUGAGGUUGCUAUGCAGAACUCUCAGUCUAUCGCCAAAAUGACACCCGUCAAUAAACCUGCAAAUAUAACCAAUGCGACUGGUAAUGCCAGCCCAGAUGCGCCAGUAGGACAACAAGUCGAACCUUCCUCCAGUCGUACUAUCAACGUACACAACACAGACCAUAGUUCAAUGGCUUUGCCACCAAAAUCAGCUAAAAGCUGGUUUAGCGUAAUAUUUUCGAAAUUGCCACUUGGAUUUCCAAAUCAUCAACAUCGAGAUGAAGUUCUAUCUCUACCACCUGGCGUUCAUAUUCCACAAAAGAUAUCCACGCCAGUGCGGGUGGAACCUAAAGUGUUCUUCGCCAAUGAACGAACUUAUUUCUCAUGGAUGACUUUUGCAGUCCUGCUGGGAAGCUUUUCUGUAGCUCUAGUCAAUACUGGGGAUAAAAUUGGUAAAAUUGCUGGAUUGAUGUAUACCAUGAUAUCACUCUCUACAUUGAUCUAUGGCUAUGGCCUGUAUUACCGUCGCCACGAACUGAUCAUGGCACGAGCGAGCGGUCCAUAUGAUGAUGUGGUGGGUCCUACUGUAAUUUGUUUCGCUUUGCUUAUCGCAGUUGCCAUCAAUGCUUAUUUGAAGCUAGCAUAAACACUCUGUAUGUUGAUGUUGCAAUGCGGCGUGUAAAGGAACAAAUUGGGAAGAAUUUUUAUGUGUAAUGAUUUCUAUGCGAACAGACAUUGAAGUGAAUGGAUCGUCAUAAUAAAGAGAUAUUCUUAUAACGAGCUUGGUGAAAUGUCAUGCAUGCGAAGGCGUCUCUUUCGAUUUUUCAGUUUGAUACGUUGCAUGCACAGAUUUGUUGCAGAAACAUUGCUUAACUGGGCCUUGUUGCUCGUGUGGCGGCGGAGAUAUAACCAAAAGCGCAAAAUUCAGC